AGGAGGCUUGGCGCGCCCUCCUGACAGGCCGAGGGAGACGCCGCCGCCGCCGCCGCCAGGACGAUGCUGCAGCCCCGACGCCGCUCACGCUGAGCCCGCCGUUGGUGGGCCUGAUCAGAAUAAUGUUCAACAUUCAUCCUCUGGAGAACCUCAAGGUUUACAUCAGCAGUCGACCUCCGCUUGUGGUGUUUAUGAUCAGCGUCAGCGCAAUGGCAAUUGCCUUCCUGACCCUGGGCUAUUUCUUUAAGAUCAAGGAGAUCAAGUCACCAGAAAUGGCAGAGGACUGGAAUACUUUCCUUUUGCGGUUUAACGACUUGGACUUCUGUAUUUCGGAGAACGAAACGUUAAAGCACCUCAUUAAUGACACCACGACUCCGGAAAGUGCCAUGACCAGUAGCCAAGCCAGGCCUUCCACACCAUCGCCACAGACCCUUGAGGAUUCUGGUCCCAUCAACAUCUCCGUUGGCAUCACUCUGACUCUGGACCCCCUCAAACCCUUCGGUGGCUUUUCCCGAAAUGUCACACACUUGAGUUCCACCAUUUUUGGACACCAAAUUGGGCUCUCAGGCAGAGAAGCUCACGAGGAAAUCAACAUCACGUUUACCUUGCCUGCUGCCUGGAACUCCGAUGACUGUAUUCUCCACGCUCGCUGCGAGCAAGUCAGCUUCACAACCUGCAUGACAGUUACAGCGGCCAGCUCCGUCUUUCCCAUCACAGUUCAGCCACCUCAUUGCAUUCCGGAAACGUACAUUAACGCCACUUUCUGGUACAAGAUCUUCACCACUGCACGGGACUCCAACACAAAAUACGCCCAAGAUUACAACCCUUUCUGGUGUUACAAAGGAGCUAUCGGAAAAGUCUACCACGCAUUGAAUCCUAAACUGACUGUUAUUGUUCCAGACGAUGACCGCUCCCUAAUUAACCUGCAUUUAAUGCACACCAGUUACUUUCUCUUUGUGAUGGUCAUCACCAUGUUCUGCUAUGCUGUCAUCAAAGGCAGGCCGAGCAAACUGCGGCAAAGCAAUUCAGAGUUCUGCCCUGAAAAGGUUGCUUUCACAGAAGCGUGAUCCGCCAGUACCUUCCUCCAAAAGCAACUGAGUCUGCAAUUGUUGCCUGCUGAACCCAGAACUGGGCCCUCAUUCUUUACGGUUUCAGUAUCUUGUGACGUUGGGUUAUUCCAACCAAAGACGUUUUUAAGUGCCUGUAAUGGAUAUUUAUAUAAAGUGUACUUGGAACCGGUUAAAGCCAGGGCACUCGGAUCACAUUUGUAGUGCAGCUGGUACUGUUUGGAACCAUUUUCCCUGUUCGUGUCGGACUGUUUUGUGACGGUGAGGCUCUGGGUAGUCAGAGCCAGAGAGGGUGUCUUUUAUUAUUAUUAUUAUUAUUAUUUGCUGCAUUGGGACAGUUAAGAUGCCUUUUGCAAGUGUCUCAAAAGGGAAAAAAAAGCACCUUAUUUUCCCAGUGGUAUGCACAGUGUGUUGGAGAUGGUCUGCAUCUCUGCUACAAUACUGCAACUCUACAUGGACUCAGUGUGUAAGAGAGACAGUUUCUUCUUUCCCAUUCACACCUUGCUUGCAGAAUGAUACCAACAUUCCUAGA